AGAGAGCAGUGCUGGCUCGAAGUGAGAACUAAGGUUUGGGAGGAGGUGCGAACUCGGGUCCUCGGAAAGAUCGCGCGGGGACCUCACCAAGACCCAAUGUCCUAUGACUUGGUUUAGCUUACUGCCUGUAUCAGGCCUCCCACAGAAGUGACUGUGACCUAGAUGCACACAGAACCUUCAGUUCAUUUCAGCCCUCCAGGGUGCAAUGAGAAGACCGUCUGUGAUGGUCUCUGCUGGUUGUUAAUGGCAUUUGUCCCUUUCCUCCCCUCACCUCGUGAGUGUGUUAGAAAUACACCUCACCUGAUGUUUCCAUUUGCCCACUUUCCUUCAGCACCGGUAACACCUAAAGCAGUGGCUCUCAACCUUCCUAAUGUUGUGACCCUUUAAUCCACUUUCUCAUGUUGUGGUGACCCCAACCAGAAAAUUAUUUUCAUUGCUACUUCAUAACUGUAUUUUUGCUGCAGAUAUGAACCAUAAUGUAAAUAUCUGUGUUUUUCCAUAGUCUUGGGUGACCCCGGUGAAAGGCUCCUUCAACCCCCAAAGGGAUCUCGACCCACAGGUUUGGGAAACGCAGACCUAGAGUGAAUCUCCUGCAGUUAGCCAGCCUUGCUUACUCACAUCUGUAAUCCCAGCACAGAAGCAAAUGAAGCAGGGGUGUGAUAUAAAUUCGAGGCCAGCCUGUACUGCACAGUGAAUUCCAGGCUGGUCUGCCCAUACUCGGAAGUCCUAUCUGAACCCCCCCGCCCCCCAAAAAAAAAUGCCAGGAACUGAACAAAAGGUGCUAAAUUUCCAAUCAUUGCUACUUUAAUCAUACAGGAUUAACUCCAAAGAAGGAAGAAAGGGUCCAGGAGUUGAGGCUACCGUUGAGCUGUCAGGUGGAAUUUCUUGGUCCUCUGUAGCCAUUUGAGUUGGCAACAGGACAGUGCUCCUUCUCCUCCACAUCCCGCUUCCUUCUGAGUCUGCAGCUAGGAGAGCAACGACCAGAACAUUUCAGUCUCCCCAUGGAAACUCGGGCAGCCCAUGCACCUCCGGAACCUCAGCCCCUGCUAGAGAGUGCUCUUGCUUCUUCAAAAGUCCCUUCCUUUACUGACAAAGACAGUCUGGGGGACAAGAUGUUGGCUGCUGCGCUUCUAAAGGCCAAGUCCCAGGAGCUGGUGACGUUUGAGGAUGUAGCCGUAUACUUCAUCUGGAAGGAGUGGCAGCGGUUGGCACCUGCACAGAGAGACCUCUAUAGGGAUGUGAUGCUGGAGAAUUACGGGAAUGUGUUCUCCCUGGAUGGUGAAUCCAAAACUGGAAAUGAUCAAGUAAUCUCUGAGGGUAUGGGGUUAUGUGACCUGAUAUUGGGACGAUUCCGAAAGGAUGUUUCUCAGGGUCUUAAGUUUGAAGACACUUAUGGACAGGAAGUCGGUCUGAAGAGGCAGCUGGGGGACUCCUCUGUCGGAAGACGGAACAGGAGAAUACAAGAGCUUCGCCAAGUGACAGUUGAGGGGAAGCUUGCUCGUAUGGGGAACAGCUUCCCUGUGAAUUCCAGACUUACUUCACAUCAGAGAUUCCCCAUGGGAGGCAGACCCCAUAAGUGUGAUGAAUGUAGCAAGAGUUUUAAUCGAACUUCAGACCUUAUUCAGCAUCAGCGAAUUCACACUGGGGAGAAACCGUAUGAAUGUAGUGAGUGUGGAAAGGCCUUCAGCCAGAGCGCGCACCUCAUUCAGCACCAGAGAAUCCACACUGGAGAGAAGCCUUAUGAAUGUAAAGAUUGCGGGAAGACCUUCAGUUGUAGCUCUGCUCUCAUUCUCCAUCAGAGGAUUCACACUGGGGAGAAACCUUACGAAUGUACUGAAUGUGGGAAAACCUUUAGCUGGAGCUCCACCCUCACUCACCAUCAGAGGAUCCACACUGGCGAGAAGCCCUAUGCUUGCAACGAGUGUGGGAAGGCCUUCAGCAGGAGCUCCACCCUCAUUCACCAUCAGAGGACCCACACUGGAGAGAAGCCCUACGAGUGUAACGAGUGUGGCAAAGCCUUCAGCCAGAGCUCACACCUCUAUCAGCACCAGAGAAUCCACACGGGCGAGAAGCCCUAUGAAUGUAUGGAAUGUGGAGGGAAGUUUACCUACAGCUCAGGCCUUAUUCAGCACCAGAGAAUCCACACGGGGGAGAAUCCCUAUGAAUGUAGCGAGUGCGGCAAAGCCUUCAGGUACAGCUCAGCUCUUGUUCGCCAUCAGAGGAUUCACACUGGAGAGAAGCCUUUGACUGUAACGGGUGUAAGUGAAAGUUCUUUCAGAGGGUCUACGGAAUUAAACAUCAGAGAAUCCACAUGAGAGAGCCAUGUACCAUUUCUCUCACUUGCUGAGUCUACAGAGCUCUUGCUUUACUUUUUAAUAGGACCAAUUCAGGAUGUGUCCCACCUUAGACCAUUCACUUAGAGAAGGAGGGACAGAUUGGGAAAAUGAAAAUCAUCCUGGCACAGUGAUCACCAGGAUUUCUUGAAAAAUUGUGAGGCAAGUAGCAAAUUAAGCACUGGGAACAGAAGGAAGCUUGGAGGCUAGUCACCCCUUUUUGGAAAGGGGUUUGCACUAAACCAUUUUCUCAAACCAGAAGAGCCUUUCUUUCCAAGAUGGGAUGGAAGCUCAUUAGCAACAAAGUUCCAAGGAUUCAGCUAGUUGGAGUCAGUCUAAUAAGCACAGAAGGCAGAAGGAAGAAUAUUCUGGGUCAUCGUAAGUUCUGGGAAAAGAAACAGAGACUAAUUUUUGUUUUGUGUUUUUGAGACAGGGUUUCACUUGUAGCCCUGGCUGUUCUUGAACUCACUAUGUAGACCAAGCUGUCUUUGAACUCAGAGAUCCAGCCUGCCUCUGUCUCCUGGGUGCUGGGGUAAAGGUGCUCACAACCGUUCGAGGCCCCUACCAGCUGCAUUUCAAAGCCGCUCUUCCUAACCCAGCUUUAAUAGUGGACAGAGAAUAUGCUGCUUUGAUACACGAUUCCGGGAAUUCAGGAAAUUGGGUGCUGAUGGGUUUAUUUUAUUGGGGGGAAACAAAACAAACAAAAGACCCCAACAGGGGUUUCUAGAACAGUGAAACCAUGCUUUCAAGAGGAGUCUGGCUGUGCCGUAGGCAGACCCCACAUCUUCCCUUGUAAUAGGACUGACUGGGAAUCUCAGAGCAGUACAUAGCCUGAGGGAGAUCAGAAACAUUUAGCACUGGCCUGACUCCUGUCCUCUUUUCUUCCUAUUCCUGUGGUGAAAAGUAAUGUAAUGUCAACCUCUAGUUACUAGAAUGUUCUCAGGGAACUCACCUACCCAGCUUGUCCUGCCCUCUCACACCCAGGUUCUGGAGCUCUAGAUUCCACCUCUCACAGACUGGAAAGCCGGAGAGGGACUGGGGUGCUAGCUUUGCAGCAGGCUCCUCACUGGGUAUGGGUGGUGCUUCCUGAGUGUUCCCAGCCCAACGGAUAGCUUCCCAUAGUUGCCCAACCCUGCUCAUCCUGUAGCAUAAAUGAAAUGCACUGUUAAACAGAACAGGUUUUCAGAGGGGAAUGUUCCUGUAUGGGAGUCAAGUGUGAGUUAAAACAGCACAGUGAGUGCAAAUGGAAUCCAAAAGUGAGCUUUGAAAAGUUUAUUUGAUAACCAUUUUUUGGUGACAAAUUUGAGGUUUUCCUGUCGCAGCUCUCUCAAUCUCUUGUACACACUGUUGUGGGCUGUUUAAAUACUUGCAGCUAUUUCCACCUUCAUUCCUCAUUUAGGGAUUUGUGAGCUGGAGACCCUUUUGUGUGGUAUAACGUCAGACUGGCGGUGAAACCUAAGAAGGUGUGCUUAGCUCCUGUGUGGCAAUGGGCAAGUUGCUCUGUCUUGGUUUGAUUGUAGAAGGAUGUCACAGCCACAGAACAGGAAAGUUAGGAAGAGACUGAUGUUAAGGUGGAUGUGAUCUCACUUUCUUUGUAGGGUAUUGUAACAGAUCAUCUAAUGAGUGUCUUUAAUUUCACAGAAUUAGGGAACUGGUCCUUUUGGCUCCGUCAGCAUUUGCCAGGCUUGGUGGUUCAGGUGGUUCAGCUACUUGGGAGGAUCACAAGUUCUAGGCCUGCCUGGGCUAUAAAGUGAGGUUAAGGCUGGCUCGUGCAUGUGAGUAGGAGGUCCAUUCCAUUGCUGGCACUCUCAUUACUAGAGAUUAAACUGAGCCAGAUUCUGCCUCCUUGUCAGUUUUACUAUCAGCCUCCAGUUUGUCUUUUUAAGCAAUACAACAUAAUUUUCUAUCAAAGAAAAAUUUGAAGAACAUUUUCAUUUAUAGCAAAGGAAGUUUUAUUUCCCUUCUUCUGGAGAUUAAACCCAGUAUCUCACUCCUACUGGGCAAGAAUUAUGUAUCUCAGCCCAGGAGUUUUUUACAUUUAUUUUUGGUGUGUUUAUUGAUGCGUGCAUACACAUGCCAUGGCAUGCACAUAGAGGUCACAGGUUGACUUGCAGGAGUUGGAUUUUUCCUGCCUUGUGGGUUCCAGGGAUGAAACUGAGGCUUUACUAGGCAUGGCAGGAGUAAGGGUCUUUACCAUCUCUCUGAUCCAGGAUUUUUAUUUAUUUAUUUUUUUAAUUUUUGAGGUUUUUUUGAGACAGGGUUUCUCUGUGUAGCCCUAGCUGUCCUGAAACUUGCCUUGCCUCAAACUCAGAGGUCUUACCAGCCUUUGCCUCGUAAGUGCUGUGAUUAAUGGCAGGUGCCACCAUCGCCUGGCUCAGGAAUUUUCAUUUAAUUUUGUGGUUCAUUUAUGAACCAGGACUGACCUUGAACUCCUAAUCCUCCUGUGUCUACCUCCCAAGUGCUGGGAUUACAAGCACAUGCUACCAAUAGCUGGCUAGGAAUUUGCUUGUAAAGCCUUCCAUCUCCAGUGACACCUCUGAGGUCCAAUUCAGAUGGCUGUGAUAAAGGUUCUAAGCCCAGAGCCUAGUUUCGGGUGCACUUCUCAGGGAAGAGGACCAGCCGUGCUAAUGAUUGGCGUCUUACUGGAUUGUUUCUUUCUGUGUAUCAGAGUUUCUCUGUGUGGCUGUGACUGUCCUGUAGACCAGGCUGGCCUCGAACUCACAGAGAGCCACCUGCCUCUCUCCUGAGUGCUGGGAUUAGAUGUUUAGAUUGUUUAUUUUUGACAAACAAUACGAAACAAAGAAGAAAAGUUGUUUUUCUUCUGUUUCUGUUUGAGGUGGGACCUUGCCAUGUAAGCCAGGCUGUCCUUGAACUCCAUCCUACUGCAGCAUUUUCAGCUUUGGAGAUUACAGGCUGAUCUGUUAUGACCAAUGUAAAGAUAGUUCUUAAAAGCUCUCCGGGGGGAAGGAGGGGGGAGAGGCAGGCAGAUCUGUGUGAGUUCAAGGCCAGCCUGGUCUACAGAGCAAGUCCAGGACAGCCAAGUCUACACAGAGAAACCCUGUCUCAAAACACCAAAAGCUCUCCAAGGACCUUUUUACGUAAAUAACUUAAAUAGGUGUUUCUCCCCACUUAAAAAAAAAAAAAGGCCUGAGGGCCAGAGAUGUAGCUCAGCUGGCAGAGUGCUGGUCUCACUUGAUAAAGCCCUGGGUUUGACCUCCAGCACUGCAAGGCUGUUGUUGAGAGCUACAUGAAAGCCUGUCCCUUUCCCACCCCCAGUAAACCCUAUGGUUUUGCUAGGUGCAUUGGUGCAUUAUUCAAACUAUGUCAGUAAUGACUCAAGAAGUGUAUAGACUAUUUUCACACAAAUGUGAUUGUGGUUACUAGGAUAGUUUGUCCUUUUCUAGAACAGCAAUUUUCUUAAGAUGCUCUUUUUAUGUCUGAGUUUAGGCCUGAGAAAGCUGUAGAAGGGCCCUGGAUCCUGUGGAGCUGGAGUUACAGGCAGCUGUGAACUGUCUGACAAGGGUUCACAACUGCCAAACUUGGGUGCUGUAGAACAGUAUCUUAGUUACUGUUCUGUUGCUAUGAAGAGACAUCAUGGCCAAGGCAACUGUUGUAAAAGAAAGCAUUUAACUGGGGGCUUGCUUUUAGAGCAUUAGACCGUGAUCAUCAUUUCAGGAGGAACUGGAGCAGGAGCUGAGAGUUUUACAUCUUGAUCCACGGCAACAAGCAGAGAGAAAGGGAAGAGAAGGGGAAGGAGAAGGGAGAAAAAAAGAGACUGGUCCUGGCGUAGGCUUUUGAAACCUCACAGGCCACACCUAAUCUCUCCCAAACAAUUCACUGAGCAGUAAGCAUGUAAGUUUAUGAGACUGUAGGGGCUAUUCUCGUUCAGACCACCACAGUAUCUACGCUUACUGAUGAGCCAUCUGCCCAGCUUAAGUGAUGAUUCUUAGGGCCAACUGCCUAUUAAGCCAAACAUGGAAUCAUCCCAAAGGCCGUGUUUUGUUCCUUCUCCUCCCUAUAGCUUCUCAGUCAACAUCUGAUCCAUUCUCAUGACUCCUGAAUUGGCCUUUGCCUUCGUUAACUCUUUUGAGGACUUUGGUGCCAGCCUCACAGUGGGUCUCUGCAGGCUGCUUUCCCCAUACACUUUCUCCCUGCCUGUGUAUACUGUACUGUUGCCCUGGCCAGAUAACUGACCUGGAUAAAACAUCUAUGGGUAAGCACCAAUCUUAGCUCACAGCUUCACCUAUUGUGGAUUCCUCUUUUCCCAGGUUAUUCAUUUAUUCUACAAAUUGAGUAUUACGUGAUGAAAUGACAUUGCCUUUCCAAAUGUCGGACAUUUUAGAAUCUGUUUAAUGUUGCUUUCAUAUGUGAGCAUUUUUAGACUAACUUGAAGAUCAUCAAAGUAAUUCCUCUGUGGCCAGUACACAAUCCAUUCCACCUGUGAUGCUCUUCAAAUUGAAAUACAGGGGUUUGCGCUAUGGCUCAGUGAUCAAGAGCACUUGCUGCUCUUCCACAGGACUGGAGUUUGGUUCGCAGCACCCACACUGGCAGCUCACAAUCACCUGUAACUCUAGCUCCGUGGGAUGUGAUGCCCUCUUCUGGCUCUGCUGGAACCUGCACCUGUGGGGUGCGCACACAGAAUUCACAAGGUUGAAUACCUUAUAAGACAAAUGAGCAGGACUUGGACAUCCGUUUCUGGCCCUGCCAUGACUUCAGUGACCUAAGGCUUUCAUGGGAGGUGGUAGAGAUUACUUAACCGAAAUGGAGUUGAUGCUAGUCCCUGGUGGCCUUUGUGAUGCUGGGAUGUCCUUACAGCUGAACAGGUAACAUUUGAAUAAACAGUCCUUUACCUAAGCUACAGAUCCACAGCUGAUGUCCUUCAACAAGCCCACCUACUUGCUUGGUCCGGCCAGAAACCAAUCCUUGACUCAUGAGGCUGAACAUGGUGGUUAAACCGUACGGUGAAGACUUCACUUUGUGGCGACCAGGAAGACAAGACAGAUGGCAUCUGGGACUAGGUAUCUUCUAGGGAUGGAUUCUGCCAUCCAUUUCCUCCAUCUAGGCUUUCCCUCCCAAAGUUUCCACCAUCUCCCCAAGUGCCGUACCCAGUGAAGACCAAAUACACAACACAUGAGCUCAUGGGAGAUCACGUACUGUAGCACUGUGUGUGACAUGGGUUUCUGUGUUGUUCCCUGGAAGAAAUGCCUAAAUUAUUUAUUUUUUCUGUGUGUAUCACAGGAGGUCCCAUGUAGAGGCCAGAGGUCAACUUUAAGAACUGGAUCUCUCCUUCCACUACACUGGUCUGAGGGAUCAAACAGCUUGCUAUAUUUGUGCCUCCAUCUGCUGAGCCUCUCACUGUGCAGAGGGCUGAAAUCUUUAACCUGCCCUCUUCCCCCUCCAUCCCACAGACCUUGCCUUGAUGAUACAGAAGUACCAUAGUUACUAUAGAACACUAUAGAAUUCGUCUUCCUCCCCUAACCUACCUACCUAAGAAAUUCCUGUGGGAACCUUACUGUAUGUUCAUUGUAAUUAUUUUGCCGAUGGGGAUUGAGCCCAGCCUCCGACAUGCCAGCAAGGAGGCUACCCCCAAACUCCGUCUCCAGCCCCUUGGUUACUGCUGAGACGGGGUUUCUGGCACAGACUGACCUUCAGGGGGUGCCGCCUGCCUGGACCCGGACCUGGGCAGGCACUGCUACUAGGGCCUGGGAUUGCCAGGCCUUUCUUACACGUGACAUUUUCCAUGGAGCCUUUUCCAGCUUACUGUGCACACCAGCUUCCACCCUACCAUGUUAAUCUCCCCCAGGUGCCUGUGCAGUUACUGCAUGAGCGUGUGGCUGAUACCCACUGCUCUUUGACUCACUCACCGUGGUGGAUUAAUCCCCCCCCCGUAUCUUUACACACCACAUGCAUCCACUUCUUCCACAGCGGGCAAGAAACGGUGGAGCUUUUUGACCUGUGGUCCUGACCACAUCAGUCCAGCUCCACGAGCCUGAUUAAAGCUUCGUGAAGCAGUGCACGUGACCCCAGCAGUCCUACAAGUAGGACAGCGGUGACAGGGAGAGUGCCUCGGGCCACGGGCCACCUUGGCUGGAAUACAGACCUCCGUACAAAGUGGAAGGCUAGAACUGACUCCUGCAAGUUGUCCCCCGACUUCGGGACCAGGCAAACCCUCCCGCAGACACACCCUGCACACACAAAGCGGGGCUGCAGCCCUGUUCACAGAAUACCUGCCUUGCAACCAUGGAGCCCAGGGUUCUACCUCCACUGUAAACAGUGUGGAGGUUCAGGCCUGUGAUCCCAGAACUUGGGGGCUAGAACCAAGAGGAUCAGAGCCUUUGAACAUGGGGAGCUCAGGGCCAGCUUGAGUCAGAGUUAUAUGGAGAAUUUUUCCCCCCAGAGCUGAGGACCAAACUCAGGGCCUUGCAACUUGCCACUGAGCUAAAUCCCCAACCCCGGAGAACUUUAAUGAUCCAAGCGGACCUAAAUGAAAACUGUCCAUGUUAUGCAGUUUUCAUUUACUUAUGUACAUGUACAUGUGCCUGCACAUGCGCACUAAACUCAGGCUUACAGGUGUCUGUAGGCCAGAACAGGGUGUCAGUCCUCUGGCACUGGACUUAAUGUGCUAUAUGACUGCUGGGAACGGAAUUCCAGUCCUCUGAAGAGCAAGGAGAGCUCUGAGUGUUGAGCCACCCAGCACCUUUAAUCUUACUCUUUAAGUUGUCGUUAUGCUGAGGGACACACACAUCCCAUGUCACACA